CAACCACCAUUUUUCAACGCGCUGCAUCUCAACACCACAACGUGACAUUAGAUUUCUGAAUAGACUAUCUUGUAGAGCAUCAUAUUCUGCACAAUCUGUGAAUUUAUUGUAUAUAUUUUUUCUGUGUUGUGGUUGUGACUUACUCGUCGCGCAAACUUGGGAUAGGUUACUAUGGACAACCGUCGCAUAACGCCUCUCCACCCACAACCCGCCUACAACAACGCGAUAAAUCACAAAUCAGACGCUGAGGCUCUAAUCAAGGAGGCCAUCCGCCUCUUUGACGAUGGCUAUAUUCCUACCGUUAGAGGCGCGUGUGGCGCUGUUGGCGCUGUAUAUACAACUACACUACACCGAUUGAAUGGCCGCCCAUCAGCCAGAACAGCCCGCCACAAGCAGAGCGCUCUUACGCCAGAACAGGAGCUUGAGCUCAUAAAAUCUAUCACCAAUUGCGCCCAAUGGGGCCUCCCGAUGAAGCACUAUCACGUCAAGGAGCUCGCAGAAGCCCUUGCUGGCCGUAAACUAGGCCUCUGCUGGGUGCGGCGCUUCAUCAAACGCUCACCUCUAUCCUCUAUCGUUGCGCCAAAACUCGAUCGUUCUCGCGCCUAUAACCACGACACAGAGACGCUCGAAGCGUUUAUCAACCUCACCCGCAAGGUUAUCACCAGCUAUAACGUUCUCCCGGAGAACAUGUGGAACAUGGACGAGAAAGGCGUGCUGCUCGGCCAGGCGCAGGCAGCUCGCGUCAUCAUACCAGCGCUGCGAUCCUAUCGCGACCGGCGCAAAGCCUUCAUACAACAGCCAGGCUCAAGGGAGUUAGCCACAGCUAUUGAGUGUAUCAACGCUGCUGGCGGCUCUAUCGCGCCCCUCCUGGUGUUCAAAGCUGCUUACCAUCAGCAGAACUGGCUCGGUACUGAUGGCGAGCGCGAGCGGUGGACGUACGCUACAUCAUCUAAAGGAUGGACUGAUAAUGAUCUUGGGCUUGCCUGGCUGAAGAUUUUCGAGCGUGAGAGCCGCCCUCAUGGUGUUGCAACACCAGCUGCGGCAGCUGAUAAAACUCCAGUUUAUCGCAUACUGUUUAUUGACAACCACGGCUCCCACGUCACCGCAAAGUUCCUGAGAUACUGCCUCGAUCACCAGAUUGUGCUCAUCGCCUUCCCGCCUCAUUGUACACACUUUUUUCAGCCUCUAGAUGUUGGUUUGUUCUCUCCUCUGCAGCGCUACUACUCAACAGCCAUCUCCGACGCGGUGAGGUGGGGUAACGUAGUGGGGGUUGAUAAACAGCUGUUUCUGUAUUACUACUCUAUCGCGCGCUCCAAGGCCUUUACUACAGCUAACAUUAAGAGCGCCUGGAAGGCUGCAGGACUUUGGCCUCUAUCAGCGCGUCCAGCAAAGCUGCGUUUCGACGCUGUCGCCACCGAGAAGAGCGCGCGCGCGGGCAUCGAUCGAGCCCAAAACCAUGCCCGAGUCGCUGCUCAACACCACGACGCUGAGCGCGACGUCGCCUUGGAUAAGCAGCCAGGAUGGCCGUGGACGCCCACAAAGCCAGCCGAACUGAAAUUCAUGCAGUUUGAGCUUCUCUACACUGCGCUACAGUCUACUCCAGCUGCUCGGCGCCUCUCCAAGCUCACAAAGGCUUUUGCUACAAUUGACGCGAAGCUCACGAUUGCUACAACUGAGCUACAAAAGUAUGAGCUAUACAAGGUAGACAAGGCAACUAAUAAGCGCCUUCAAGCCACCGGGCGACUCCUUGGAGAGUCUGACGCGAUCAGAAUCGAAGCUGAGGAGGCCUCAAAGAGAGCCUUGGCAGCAGCUUUAAGCGCCAAGAAAGCCUACGAAGAUGGGGUUUAUAUGCCAGAAGUAGAGCUGGCUCAAACUGAGUUUGCUAUCAUUAAUCCAGCUGAAGCUGGGCAACUACACGCCGCGUUUUGCCACGUAUUUCGAGUAAACUACCAAGGAGUAAGCCCGCGUUGUGUUGGGAUGACUUGGGACGGUCACAGUACCGCCUGUGGCGGCGGCAGGGGCGGCGCGUGGAAGCUCCACAACUACGUUUUCGAGCCCGCUCUUGCGCAGGAUGCUUUUUAUAUAGACUGGGCUCCAAAAUAGGCAUCUCAGAAUUGAAUUUUAGAGCGUUGUUUUGAACUUGUGGGCGUGCGCGUUCUGUUGAUUUUACCUCGGCUAACGACUCUCGGUACGUGAUAGGUCUCGUUACAUGAUCUACUACUCUACCACCAGUGGUGUAAUCACAGCAUAUGUUGUAGUCGAGGUUGAGUAGUGGGCUCGUCAUAUAUAUGACAUCAUUCGGGUUUUCACUCGCGCUAACAUCGCGUUCUCGUACAAUGUUUGUACAAAACUGAUCAAAUAGGCUAAAUUAUUGCAUAGGACAGAAACUCAUAACGGCUUCAAUUGCCUUUGUUCGCCGACAAAGCUAAGGCGCCGUGCACUUCCAAAGAAUUGUGUAAGCCAAUGCAAGUUUGUUGACUGAGACAGGCCUGAAGGGAAGCUCCUUACAG